UUGUGUGUCUGCUGUCUCUGAUCUCUCUGUUUGAUCUUCUCUGAUGUCUCCAGACUCUGUCAGGCUGCUGAAUGGUUCCAGUCUGUGUUCAGGCAGACUGGAGGUGAAGUCUAACCAGAGCUGGUCCUCAGUGUGUGAAGCUGACUUUGACCAGCAGGAUGCAGAGGUGGUCUGUAGGGAGCUCGGCUGUGGGCCUCCUUCGGUCCUCCAGGGGGCGCUCUAUGGAGAAGUGGAGGCUCCAGUGUGGAGCAAAGAGUUCCAGUGUGGAGGCCAUGAGUCUGCUCUCCUGGACUGUAGAAGCUCAGGCUCAGCUCGAAACAGCUGCUCACCUGGCAAAGCUGUUGGACUCACCUGCUCAGGUAGAAGAGGAGCUGCAGCUUUGAUGUGGUUCAAACUCACUUUAUUCUUUUACUGAUGACUCUCUGCUUUCUGUUAGAGCCAAAUGAUGUCAGGUUGGUGGGAGGAGCCAGUCGCUGUGCAGACAGAGGCAGAUGACAUAUUCAGGUGAUUGCCACGAUGGAUGACAUGCUCAAUUCUGCAGAUACGACUGAAAAAGCGUACGAUAGAAAUGCUGACAAAGCAGCGGUCCACGAUCCACUACCUGCUACUUCAAAGUUGCCUGUUACACGUGAUUCCACUGCAGACCUUACAGAAUCGUUGACUGAAGUCAAUAGUUUUUCAGAGCAGAUUUCCACUGAGGACACUGAACUAUCUUCAGUGGACCUCUCUGCGAAUGUCUUCCCCCAUAGAACAGUAGAAGCUCCCAAAAACAUGCAAAAUAUACCAAAGUCAGGAGUGACCAGAGCAGUACCUAACUGCAGUCCACAAUCUGUGGAAAAGGAGCAGCCAAAACCUCGCAGUGCCCUGCUGCCGUCCUCUCUGGAGGUCAGCACAGUCCAUGAAUUGAGCCAUCCACCCAAACCAAAGGGCAAGAGCCAAGAAAGCCUUAAAACCACUUCUGCUCACACCGACCCAGGCGCAGAGGACCUUUGUGCUGCGAUCCUCAUGGCCUGCCUCUUCUGCCACCCCCUGGACUGCCUCCUGUCCACGCUGAGGGGGUUUAACGGGUGCGCCUGGUGGCUUUGCUCGUCCUUCUACGACUGCGAGCCUCUCCUGCAUGUGAUGCACCACUGCAACCUGUGCGGGUGUCUGGGUGUUUCUCGCUGCUUCCAGAGCGACUGUCCACUGUGCGACUUGUGCCUCCACGCUACAGAAUGCCUGGACCUCGCUAUGGAAAUCUCUCAGAUGCUUUACCACUGACGCCUACUGCCAGAAAAUAAGGCACAUCCACACACAAACCGAUGGCAAUCAUUUAUUUGUUAAAAAUCUUCUCAAAGCCAAAUUGCAGUGACAAGACAUAUUGGUUUGUAGUUAACAGUCAGUGUGAGUAUGAGUCACUGUGUAUAUGCCUGGUUAAGUCAGGGUUAAUAUUGUGGAGAAGAGUAAAAGCUAAAAAAGUACAGAAGUUCUACUCUGUGAUUUACGGGAACACGACGAGCAACGCUGAGUGAUGGAGUGGAGCUGCUUUAAGCUGAAAGGUACCUCCAACGUUCUGAACGAUCAGUGGAGAGCUUAAAAAAAUAAUUGUAACCACCAAUCAAUGCCACUCAAAGCUAUGAUUUAAAUAUGUUUUUGGCUGUUUUAACUAAAAACAGUGCAUCAGUGUUAGAAAAAACAAACAAAAAAAUACUCAAACACACAUUCAUUAACUGUACACAAGGUUCAGUAAGCAUGUGAUGAAAAAAAACCUAACAUUUGUGACUAUUUAAUGGAAUAAUAAUUGCAUUGAGAUUUCAUUCAAUAAAACAUCAUACAUUGUUAUAACAGAAGUGAGACUAGUGGUUGGUUUAAAAAAAAAAAAAAAAAAAGGAGGUCUGAGCCAACUGAAUUCAGACUACAAUGAGCAGGAAUCCAUUAUUAGAUUAUAUCACUUUUCAUCAUCCAAAAAAACAACAAAAAACACACCCCACAUAUUUAUUAGAACA